AUGAAGAGUUUAAUUGUCAUUUCAAAUCAUCCGGUGACGGAAAUUACGAAGUUUGACGACCGUCUCGAUAAUAAUCGAACUGACGGUGAAACUGGUUGUAGUGGCAAUCUGGAGCGGACAUCGGUUCGUAGUAUCAUUGCUGGAUAUCAGCAAAGGCAGCUUUCGUCGAGACCAUCUUAUACUGCACAAGGGUUAUCUCCCGGGAAUUCGGUAUUACGAGCUAAGGGAGAUAUUAGCAGCCAAGUAUCGUUGGAACCAGAAGCUGCUGAGGGUGAAGUGCACACGGACGUUUUUGCAUCGAAUCGAACAUCGAACGAAUUUCAAAAAGUUUUACCAAGAGCAAACGAUAUGAUGGAAACCAGAAAACCAGUGGCAGCUCCACCGGCACCACCGCUACCACCAGUUCCAACGCAUCUGAAAAGUUCCCAGCUGAAGUUAUUAAACGGUAACACUGGAUCCUCACCGACAUCACCAAGUUUUUCCAAUGGCGUCCACAAGAAGACACCAACAACUGUUACUUCAGGUUCGACCCAAGAUUCUAGCAGGCUUGAAGCGGUGGAUGCAAAGUUCAUCUCAACAGGCACGGUUUCUCGUUUCCCAUCUGGUUGCUUCCCGCAACAUCUUUGCUGUAUCUCUCCUAGACAUAAGAAGAGUGUAACUGUAGAGGAUACGUCACUCACUGCUAAGAUCCAAAAGCUUAGUGUGUCUGGUUCUGGUAAUACCACAGAGGAAUUUCGAACGCUGAAAUUGAACGGACAUGUUGGAUUUGAUUCGCUUCCACAUCAGCUGGUUCGGAAAUGCACUGAACGAGGGUUUCAGUUCAAUUUGAUGUGCGUUGGUGAAACCGGUAUGGGUAAAACAACACUGAUCGAAUCUCUAUUUAAUAUGAAGCUUGAAUUUCGUCCCUGUAAUAAUGAACUUAAGACUGUGGAACUGCUUUCAAGGACUUAUGAUGUUGUGGAAGGUGGAAUCAGGCUGAAGUUGACCAUUGUUGAAACAGCUGGAUUUGGUGAUCAGCUUGACAAAGACAGAAGUGCUCAGGUAAUCGUUGAUUUCAUUAAUGAGCAAUUCGAGAAGUAUUUGAAGGAAGAGUUGAAAAUCAAACGUUGUUUGGAUUAUUAUGAUGAUACACGUAUCCACGCUUGUCUUUACUUUAUAUCGCCUACAGGACAUGGGCUUAAAGCACUCGAUGUUGUAACACUGCAACGACUUGCAGAACGGGUCAACGUCAUACCCGUCAUUGCAAAAGCUGAUACCACCUGCAAAGAUGAACUGAUAAGAUUUAAAAGCAAAAUUUUAAGCGAGUUGCGAAGCCAUAAUAUUUCCAUCUAUCAGUUUCCGACUGACGACGAGACGGUACGAGCAAUAAAUACGGAAUUAAAUCAGCUUGUGCCAUAUGCUGUCGUGGGCAGUACUGAUUUUGUAAAGAAAGAGAACGGCAAGAUGGUUCGAGCACGUCGAUAUCCGUGGGGAAUGGUUGAAGUCGAAAACGAGGAACACUGUGAUUUCGUCAAAUUACGUGAGGCAGUAUUGCGCACAAACGUGGAUGCAUUGCGUGAGCGAACACACAGAGUGCUGUAUGAAGCAUACCGUCGUGAACGUUUGCGUGCAAUGAAAGUUGGUGAUGGUGAUACAGGACCUAAAAUGAUGGAAGCUUUCGCACAGAAGCAACGUGAAUUCAUUGAUGAAAUGACAAAUAGGGAUAAGAUUUUACGCGAUGAAUUCGUUGCACGAGUCAAUAAGAAGGAAGAGGAAAUGAAAAGGAGAGAAGAAUUGCUAAAUUUACGAACCAAAGAGAUUAGCGAUAAUUUUGAGGAAGAAUUACGACGUAUCGAAUCACAAAUGCAUACAUUGUUGGACGAAAAAGCGAAAUAUGAAUUGAAAACAGCUGGGAAGAAAGCGAAAAAGUAAAUGUGAGACAGAAUCAUUUCUAGUACAUUCCAUCUGUUAUUGUUUCUCUCAUCUUCCACAUGCGUUUCUUUCUCUUGUACUUCUUUACACAAACAGCAUUUUGAUAUGAGACAUUUUUGUCCUGCUAUCCUGACAGUCAUAUGUGC